AGUUGGAUCAAACAUUUUACGGCUGUGUAAUUUACAGAAAGUGCAUUGCGCAGUAAAAGUUGGGUUAAGUUUUUAAACAAUUUAACUUGUUUUCAAAUUGAUCAUAAUAUAAAAUCAAAAAUGAGAGUAAAGAAACCUUAUUCAUGUCUUCAACAUGUUGCUGAGUGGUCGAAAAAAUACGCUAAUUUGCCUGAUCGUUAUAUAAAACGAGCUAUGGAACAAGUUUAUUAUAAAACUCCCAAUGAUCCACGUUAUCUACCUAGAACUGUGCAAAGAACACAGUGGCAAUUCACAACACAUCGUCCAUGGACAAGAGAAUUUUACUUUGAUAAUUAUCCCGGCAAAAAAGUUCCGUGGCAUCAUGUUGAACCAAUUAAGGAUUGGAGUUUUUUUCGUGGAGAUAGGGUUGAAGUGUUAGUAGGUCGUGACAAAGGUAAACAAGGUAUCGUACAACAGAUUAUCCAAGAAAGAAACUGGAUUAUAGUUGAGGGUCUAAACACAAAACUUGUGUCAAUGGGUAAAACUAAAAAAUUUCCAGGAAUAUUUAUUUUAGAAGAGCAACCAUUAUUGGUGACCACAGAUGUGGCUUUAGUUGAUCCAAGUGAUUUGCAGAGUACUAAAAUUGACUGGAGAUACACUGAAGAAGGAGAAAAAGUUCGUGUUUCAAUUCGUACAGGACGAAUUAUACCAAUACCAUUAAGUAAUUUAGAAACAAUUGACUAUAAACAUCCAAACCUCUAUCGAGAACAAGCAAAAGAUACAACGAAAGCAAAUGUAGAGAAAAUUACUUUCAAGCCAGUACUAAAAACUUUUGAAAUGGAUAUCAUGGAUAGUAUUGGAAUUAAAGAAGACCGAAUACCUAAAAAAACUUUUUGGUAUUGAAGAAUAUAUAAUGGUACUAUUUGAAAAUAACAUCUGUGUAACUUAAUAAAAUAAAUUAAUAUGUUUAAUGUUAACUUUA